UCCCAGGGAAAGACGAGAUCUUGCACAAGGGACUCCGGAGCCACAUCUGUUCUCUUCGGCUGGCCGAGGAAGGGAGCCAUGGGGCCUCUCCACCUGUUUCUCCUGCUGCUGAUCACAGAGUUGUCCCGAGCCCUCAACACAACGGUGCUGCAGGGCGUGGCUGGCCAGUCCCUGCGGGUGUCAUGCACUUACGACUCCUUGAAGCACUGGGGGAGACGCAAGGCUUGGUGUCGCCAGCUGACUGAGGAGGGCCCAUGCGAGCGUGUGGUGAGCACACACGGUGUGUGGUUGUUGGCCUUCCUGAGGAAACGGAAUGGGAGCACGGUCAUCACGGAUGACACCCUGGCUGGAACCCUCACUGUCACUCUGCGAAACCUCCAAGCCAGUGAUGCGGGUCUCUACCAGUGUCAGAGUCUCCGAGGUCGGGAGACUGAUGUUCUCCAGAAGGUUCUGGUGGAGGUGCUGGCAGACCCUCUAGAUGACCAAGAUGCUGGAGAUCGCUGGGUCUCUGAGGAAUCAGAGAGUUUUGAGGGUGCUCAAGUGGAACACAGCACCUCCAGGAGCCAAUCAGGAGAGACCUCCUUCCUACCCACUUCCAUUCUCCUCCUUCUGGUCUGUGUCCUCUUCAGCAAGCUUCUUACAGCCAGCAUCCUCUGGGCUGUGGCCAGGGGCAGGCAGAAGCUGGAGUCACCUGUGGCCAGUGGGCUGGACUGCAGCCGUGAAGCUGGGCACCAGCUUCAGAUCUUGACUGGACCCAGAGAUCCUGAGAGAAGCCCCCCUGAAGUCCACCCAUGAGCCAUCCAGUUUGGGUACUCUCCCCCCUGGAACCAAGACUUCUGCUUCUUCUAGUUUGGCUUCAGAGGCUACUUCUACCUAAACCCGUCUCUCCUAGAAGCAGGAACAAUCAUGCCAAAGCCCACCUCUCCCAGAAGCAGGAGUACUCACGUGUUUGUGUGCUAGAAGGUUACCUGUCAGCUGCUGGGCUAUGGGCAUUAAACUCUCAACCCAGGACUAUCCACUCUUUCUAGAUGGUUCUUCGCCUCAUAAAAGUCUUCUGUGGGACUAAACUCAUGAACUUACCACAGAAUUUAUGCAUUUGGAUGAGAAAAAAGGAAAAAAGGUACCUUACUUGAGGCCUGGGGUCCAAAGAUAACUGAGUUUCAUUUUUGGUGCUGUGGUAAAAUGCUGACCAAAAGCAAUUUAGGGGAGAAAGGAUUGAUUUUAGCUCACAAUUCCAGAUUACAGCUCAUCCCAGAAGGGAAGUGAAGGCAGCAGCAACUUCAAACACCUUGUCACAGCACAUCCGGUCACCAGCAGGGAGGGAAUGGACGCAGACAAUACCUGUGCUCAGCUCCUCUCUGUGCCGUUACCACUAACACAGCCCAGGAGCCCCUUUCUGCUGAGGGAAUGGUGCUACCCUCAGUGGGCUGGGCCUUUCCACAUCUGCCAACAUGUAAUCUUUCCGCCCCCUCAGACAUGCCUGUGUGCCAGCUUCGUCUAGACAACCUCUCUUUGAGGCUUUCUCUGAUAACUCUAAAUUGUGUCGGGAUGAGAGUUAAAACCAACCACCACAGUACCAUGUCUUCCAUCCCACAGGCUCCAGCCAGGUCGAUCUUCUCAUCCUCAUUUCCCUUCCCUAAAUUUGAUCACCAAGUCCUUCUGUGGGAGAGCUGCUCAUCUUCCUACUCCUCCCCUCUGGCAUUCUCUCCAUCAGCUCCUACAGUUGCCCCACCCCCAGCCCCAGGCUCCUUCCUCUCCACUCCCACUUCUGCCAUUCAGGUCCGGCCAACCCUCUGACUCAUCCUCUCACCUCCCAGAGCUGUGCUUGCCUCUGCAGCUUCCCCUCUGGAGGAAUGGCAAAGACUGAGCCACAGUAGCUGAGCUGGACACAGUCCACGCCCCUGGAUGUACUGAGAGGGAAUGGAGGCUCAGGGAAGGAGGGGACACAUUCACAGUCUCUAGCAGAGCCUGGAAAUCCAAGUUUCCCUCCACAUUCUCGGCACCCUUCCCUCUAGCUCUGUCCUGCUAGCACAUUUAUGGACAAGUGCAUUGCAACAUGUUUUGAGCAUGAUCCAAGCCUCGGGGACA